GUCAGGGGGUCUGUGAGUGGUUUUUUGUGGGUUAAAUAAACACUGUUCUAGGGUGAUAAACAACAACAACAACAACAAUUCAUACAGUCAGGUGAUUACACCCUCAUGCACUCUACAAUCUUCAAUUUCUGCCAAAUGAAAAGAAUUUCACAAAACUUUAAAUCUGCGUUCUUUGCAGCCUGACAUUAUGUUCCCACGACAUAGUUAAGAAAAAAUAGUUUUGGUAAAGCCCAAAUCAAGGUUCGGCUCAGGGUUACGCCCAUACGUAGUCUGAAUGUAAGUCAAAUGUCCUCUGAAGUCAUGGAAACCAGACUGUGUGUGUGUGUGUGUGUGUGUGUGUGUGUGUGUGUGUGUGUGUGUGCGUGUGUGUGGGUGUGUGUGUGUGUGUGUGUGUGUGUGUGUGUGUGUCAGGAUGGAUGGUCCCUCCAAGUCCUCGCAGAAGUACCUGCUGCUGCAGGUGUGGUGUGCUCUCCUCACCGUGGCCAUGCUGAUCAUGGCUGCCUUUCUCGCUUCAAUCAAACCCCAGUUGACUGAGGUUAGUUCACAGGUUACACAACAAAAGCACACCUCUCUUUUCAUAUUCAUUCAUUCAUUCAUUCAUUCAUUCAUAGUCCAUGACAGAGUUUCUACAGCGACGCCUGAAAAUGUCAGUCCAACAAUCAGAAGGAUCCUCACUCUCAUACGUCCAGUUAGUCAAGGAAAGUGUUUCUGUUGCAUGUGUGAGACUAAAGAGACAUGUGUGCUGUCUCCUGCAGCUGUGGACGGUCACUCCUGGGAAGAAUCUCCUCCCUGUCAUUCCUGUUCCCUCUCUCUACGCAACGACUCCAUCCACUUCACGGAAAGCAGCCUCUACUUCCUCUACGCCCAGGUCACCUUCACCAACCGACCCAAAAAUCGAAAUCAGACCAGAUCUCUGAUUUUGAUAAGAAACCCCGUAUUCGGCAGAAGCCUGAGGAAACUGGUUGAGGGGAGAUUUCCUGCUACGACAGAGAGUUCAGUGUGGGUGGCCAAGAUUGUCAGGCUCAAGGAGGGAGACAGUGUCAGCUUAGUUACCUCAGAUGAUUUACUUAAUGACAGCACAUUCUGGGGAGCCUAUAAACUACAUUAGCUCCCCAGGUUUUACAAUAACAUGCUGUUUCCCCUGAUGGCUGAUGUAUUGUUAGCAGGUAAACUAGGUGCCAUUACUGCAAUUUGACUUACAAGCUCCCCUAAGAAUGUCGAGAAGAAAGAAGUUUUGUACUUGGAUUACUUUUGAAUCCUACUGUACAGGAAGUCAUGGAUAACCAGCACUUACCUCCACUGGCAAGUGAUAAAACAACUUCUUUCCUUCAUGAAGAGUGUGUCUGUGGACCAGUGUGCACUUUACACAGGUUCCCCACAUCCUCGACCCAUUUUUAAUUCACGCAUCUGCUGUGUAAUAAUAUAAUAUAUCAACUAGAGAUGCACCCAAAGUUCAGCCAACGAAACACACGACCGAAACAGGAUGUUGUGAUGACUCGUGCAAAAACUGAAACUCUAUCCUCGCUUAGAGUCUGUCCAAGAUCAGUUUGAAACACCAAUAAAAUGGUUCCAACAAGAUGUGAGUACACGGUGGAACAAGAUCUAUGAAAUGCUGGAAAGCCUCUUAUUAAUGACGAGGCAUGAACGCCACAGGUGCGGAAGACAAGGGAAACUGGAGCGAUGGUGGACAGCGAAAGGAAGAGCAGUGUUUGUUUACUAUGGAAGCUGAAGUGAAGCGUUUUUUUCUGCUUCUACUUCUGGAGAAUGUGAAAAUAGUCUAUUCUGACUGAUGCACUUGUAAUCGGAUCAUUUAAUGCAUCCAUGGAAACGAUGGGAUUGUAAAUUCCAAUUUUUCAGAAUGAAGAAAGUUUCCACGUGUAAACUUAGCUCAUGUCAUCUCAACUGAUUCCCUGUGAUUGAGUGUGAA